AAAGAUGGUAGGCCAUUGCCCACUGACAGAUCUGGUGCACCUAUCGGCCCCGACGGAAAACCCAUCCCAACAGACUCCAGCGGUAAGCCCCUCGGGGAAGACGGACAACCGCUUCCCACUGAUGCUUCUGGCAACUAUGUCACUGUUCCCUUGGAAGAGGCGGUUAGCAAAGAAUUACCAACAGAUGCGAGUGGCAAUGUUAUCUAUCCGGUAACGAAACCGGACGGAUCACCACUACCAACGGAUGCUUCUGGAAAAUACAUCACUGAUGAAGGCGUAAUCAUCGAAAAAGAUGAGGAGGGCAGACCACUGGGACCAGACGGCCAGCCACUUCCCACAGAUGACUCAGGAAAUUACAUCUACCCUGUUGUGGGUCCAGACGGUAGUCCCAUUCCCACCGAUAUGCACCGUCGUCCCAUUUACCCAGUCGUUGGAAAAGAUGGUCGGCCAUUGCCCACUGACAGAUCUGGUGCACCUAUCGGCCCCGACGGAAAACCCAUCCCAACAGACUCCAGCGGUAAGCCCCUCGGGGAAGACGGACAACCGCUUCCCACUGAUGCUUCUGGCAACUAUGUCACUGUUCCCUUGGAAGAGGCGGUUAGCAAGGGAUUACCAACAGACGGAAGUGGAAAAGUCGUGUAUGCGGAGACGAAGCCCUAUGAGUCACCUGUGGAAGAGUGGAGCACACCUGCUGCUCCUACAGACGAGUCCGGAAAUUACAUCUACCCAAUCAUUCGCCCUGAUGGAACCCCUCUUGGCACUGAGAAAAGUCAAGUUCUAACGGGUGUUAGUGACAAACCUCUGCGUUAUGUGGCCGUAUACACCGAUGGAAGGCCUCUUCCUACCAAUGAAUAUGGUAGCCCUCUGGGCGAUGAUGGACAUCCUCUCCCUACUGAUGAUAUGGGAAGACCAGUGGAUAGCUCCUAUGUCCCUUAUCCUACAAAUAAUCUUGGUGAAUAUAUAAUCCCACCUAGCAGGCGGCCAUCACAGUACUGUUUCAUAUCAUCUCACAUCGAGCUUAUUGUUGUUCUCGACACAUCCAAUACCGUGAAAGUUCUGGACUAUCGUGUAAUGAAGGAACUUCUCAAAUCGUUCUUGUCAGAUCAUUUCGAUCUGUCACAAGAUAAGGUCCGCGUUGGUGUUGUGAAGUAUGGAGACACAGCGGAGGUUCCAAUUUCACUCGGAGACUAUGAUAAUGUUGAUGACUUGCUACAUCGAAUUAGUGAAACGCGAAGAGUAAAGGGAAAGCCACAACUGGAGUUAGCCCUGAAAGAAGUCGCUGGUGAGCUACUCAUCUCUGGAAGUGAAGAUGUACCGAAAUUUGUACUCCUGCUCAAGAAUGGUCAAUCAACUGGCGAUUUCCAAGAAGCAGCAGAAGCACUGAGGGAUGAUAUAGGAGCUACUGUAUUCAUAGUGGAAGCGGGAGAUGAAGCGAGCUACGGUCAGGAUAAAGAGAUCACGUCUGACGACAAAGUGAUCCGUAUAAAGCAAUGGCGAGGAACCGAUUCUGAAGCGCUGGGCCCCAUCGCUGACAUGAUCUGCAAGAUUGUGCCAGCAGAUCUCUCUUCUGGAAUAACAUGGCCGACUAGAAAGACCACACAAGUCUCAACACCGUCUCGUUCCUGCAGCCAAAUUGAUUAUCCGGCUGAUGUGAUCAUCAUGCUAGACUCAUCCGAGAACUUCUCACCUGAAGAGUUUGACGAAAUGAAAGAAAGUGUUGCUGAGUUGGUGGAUGCUGGAUUUGACCUCGCUCCGGAUGUUGCACGAAUUGGCUUUGUUGUUUAUAGUGACAAAGUCGCUGUUCCUGUGGCUCUUGGACACUAUGAAGAUAAGAUCGACCUGAUCCAGCAGAUUUCCGAUUCAACAAAGAUCAACGACGGUGUUGCAAUUGCUCUGUACGGUCUCAAUGCGGCCAGACAACAGUUCCAGCUGCAUGGAAGGGAGAAUGCAACUCGGAUAGUAAUCAUGAUCACUAACGGAAAGAACAGAGGCAACGCAGCUCCGGCCGCUGAAGACCUUCGAAAUAUGUACAAUGUGCAGCUCUUUAUCAUUGCUGUCAAUGCAGAUAGCGAAGGAUUGGCCACUUUGAAGAGAAUAGCAGGAACCGAGUACCCUGAUCGCGUUUAUGAGGUUGGCACUGCGUUCGAACUCGACAAUCAGAUUGCUUCCAUCAGUCGCCGCCUUUGUGGCUACACUACCCCAGCUCAAAGCUACCCGACUGAACCCACAUGGUUCCACCGCACUACGAAGAGAGAUGUACAAGCAGUUGCGGGAGAACUUUGGGCUACUCCACGAUCGCUGCGUUACCCACCGCUAUGCAGUGAUGGUAUCAAACGACCUUACCAGAUAAAUAUCCUUGUUGAUGUGACAGCACGAUCUUCACCAGAGGAUUUCCGAUUGGUCUUGGAUCAUCUCACACAAUUCUUCCAAAAGAGAUUCGCUCAAGAUGACCACAUGUUAAUGUUCAAUUUGAUGACUGUGAACAGUCAGAAAGUUUUGGACGCGAGAGCUGGUUUAUCUGUCAGAGAUAUUGAAGUGGCACUGAAUGAUGUGAUUCAAGACAGCGAUGACGAAGAAUCUGCAAAACUCGGCUCUGGUAUUGACAGUCUUGUAGAAAUGUCCAAUGAUAACUACAUCAAGGGUUCCUACAAGAUCAUGCUUAUCAUCAGCGCAGACAGCACAAGCAGCGACGCGGCAGUUCCAUCGGCAGAGUUUGCAUCUGGUGACUUCGGACACAACAUAAUAGGACUGUCAGUUCGAAAACCAUCCACAGACUUACUAACUACUAUGGCUGGCGUGGGCACGAGAGUUAUCCACCUUGACUGGACAUCGCCAAACGAACUUUUCAAUAGUUGGUUCGCUUACGCAAUCUGCGAUUAUGUGAUGGCGACUACGGCCAAAACACCUGCGCUGACCACCAAGCCAAGACCAACAGUCACGAAGAGAAUUACCGCAACACCAGCUACUCUUACAGUUCCAACGAAUGUGGAAGCAGUCCCUAUGUCUCCAACAUCUUUCUUACUAACCUGGACUUGCUGCACCAACAUUAAAUCGAACUACACCAUCAUGUACACGCAUGAUCCAUCUAUUCCGUACGAUCAUUGGCCACAAAGAUCGGCCACUUGCAGAGACAGCUUUGGAACUAUGAUCAAUGACUUACCAACCGAUCAUACAUAUACUGUCUGUGUCGUUUCUACGAAUGCUGCGGCUCCAUUUGACAAAGACAGCUGCACAGAAGUGACAAUCAACAAGAAUACAACAGUAGAGGAACAUCAACCAUUAGAUAUUGCUCCUUGUAAUUGUCUCUGUACGCAAGGCAAAGCGAUAUUGAGACCGACCUGCGAUGUACAGGUUGACGAAUAUCGUCCAAUUGCUACUCUACCACCAGCAACUGAAGAUGAAUGUCCUUGCAAGAUCAAGGCACAUGCAGGCAGAUGUCCAUUUGGAUAUGUGUUCAAGAGAGGCAGUUGCUACGAUAUUGAUGAAUGCGCAAAUGGAAAUGGCGGUUGUUCCCACGGUUGCGUGAACACUCCCGGUGGCCAUUACUGUGCUUGCCCACACGGAAUGACGAGGGAUCCGCUCGAUCCAAACACUUGCGUGAAUGCCGCAAACGCAUUUGAUCGCAUCGCACAACUUCUAGCUCAGUACCUUCAUGCUAACGCUAAACAAGCAGCUGCAGGCGUCACCGCUAAAGAUGGCGCCCAACCUUCGCAGAAAAUGAAAUACAAGGCUACAAUCAAAUCCGGCGAUGACAAAGUCAUCACAUUCGAAUGGGCGUCAAUGCCAGCAGUGGUGCGACGCGCCUUCAAAUGGCUGUUCUAAUCAUCAAACAAUUAACUUCUCAAUCACCUCAACGAGGAAAAACCCGAUCUUCAUUGAUUUGCUUUCGAGUAUGACAGUUCAAUGUACUAUGCUGUCUUACCGUUGUAUUUUUUGAUCAAAUCUUUCCCUAUUCCCUUCUUUUCUUUCCUAUUGUCCAUUGCCACAUACGUCAUUUCCUAAUAUUCAUAAUAACUGCCCUGUGUUUUCCUGCAUUGCCUUGAUAAUAAUAGAGUUCCCAUUAUUACUGGUUGAAUAAAC